CCUAGUCUAACUUGCGCAACACUAGGCUACCGCGAGCGUGGGCUACGUGUUUUGGGUAGUUGACUUCUCAUAACCAAUAAACUAAUAUUUGCAUUUUGCUGAAUCGACUCAGAUGCACCUUUCCACACAAGGAGGCACGUUUUAUUGUAAAUAGGCUACUAGAAUGUCGACUAAUGCGGAAUCAACCCUGUCCGACGGAAUGUAUUCCAAACUUAUUGACAAUGAGCGUUCCUAUUUAGACGAGUCUGAUGCGAGCGGUCCAGAUGUUCAACACAAUUCAGUGUUGUCGGUGACACCUUGGAGAGGGGCCUCCAGACAGGGGGGCCAGGGGUCCUACAGGUUGGCCUCCAUGUGUCUGGCUGUUCUGUGUGCUGUCCUGCUGAUCUCCCUCGUUGCGGUCAGUGCCCACUCCAGGAACCAGGCCCAAGGUCUGCCUGGCCCACAGGUUGCUCCCCAGAACCAGUCUGAAGGCCAGACCCAGAUGCAGACCCAGUCCGCUGACGUAGCGGUGCUAACAGAAUCCCUGGCCAAGCUACACAAAGAGAGAGACGACUUGCAGAAGGAGAGAGAUGACUUGCAGAAGGAGAGAGAUGACUUGCAGAAGGAGAGAGACCAGCUGCUGACCCAGACUGGGCCUCAAUCGGUAACAUCUGCCCCCAAGAGUGCUGCACCCACCAUCCCAUGUGCUCAUCCCUGGCUCCAGUUUAACAGCAGCUGCUACUACAUCUCAUCCUUCAGUGACAGUUGGGAGGAUGGUCAGAACUUCUGUCAGGAGAUGGAUGGACACCUAGCCAUCAUACACACCCCCGAGGAACAGACAUUUGUGUGGGACCAGCUGCCUCGAGGUCACUGGAACGCCUACUGGUUUGGGCUCAGUGAUGAGUCCACCGAAGAUGACUGGGUCUGGGUGGAUGGAACCAAGCUGGUUGGAGGUUUCUGGGAAAAGGGCGAGCCUAACAACCACAUCAACGAGGACUGCGGCUACAUUGUGAAGACACAGGUGCUGGAGCGCAAGGCCAUCCAGAGCUGGUACGACGCCCCCUGCUCCAUGCACUGGCCUUUCAUCUGCGAGAAAGAGAUGGGAGCACCCCAGUAGAGAAAACAAGUGCAACAUAACCUGAGGUUGUAGGCUCCAUGAAUAGAUCUUCCAUUGGGCCUCGAAAAAAUGCAUACAUAAAUGAUGGCUGUGUAACUUCAAUAUAGACAAAGGGUUAGGGUUAGAGAAUAUAGAUUGUAUAACACUAUCAAAAUAUUGAUUCAGUCAUAAGAUAGUUUGAUGAUAGAUUCCAUAAUAGAUUAUAGAUAGUUACUAGUUAUAGGUACUAACAGGGCUUUUAUUUUUUGUGUAAUUCUUCUACAGUGUUUUAUAGUUUUUCUUGUUUUUGUAUUUGAAAGUCCUAGGGUUCUUGUGUUGUGGGUGUGAGGCUUUAACCACUAUCUCUCUUAAUGGGAAUUUUCUCCAUUGAAAGUUUAUCCAUUUAUCAAGUUGGGGUUUUGUUCAAAUGUAAAAUGCCUCCUAAUGUCAAAUGACUUGUAAUUGUAUCACGUUAAAUGACUCAGUAAUGGCUGUAAAUUAGACAUGUAAAUGCACUUGUCCCAAACAUUGUAAGAAACCUUGCA